AUGUCUUCUGCGCACUCAACUUCUAACAACGAUCAAACAAAAAAUCCAAUUUCGUCCAUUAGUCCAGUAAUAAUAAAUGAACAAAUUAAAGAAAAAGAUAAAAGAAUUUUUGAAAAAUGGAGAAAAAAGUUAAUGUACAUUACUGGUAUGGGUUUAACAGAACAAGAAAAAGCAGAAUAUAAAAUUGAAUUGAAAAAUAAUUAUGAAGAAUAUCAAUGUCCAAUUGUAGUAUUUAUGUUAAAAUCAUUAGAAGAGGCAGGAUGUAAAAUAGAAAAAAAACAUUUUAAAUGUUUACCAUGUGAUAAUACACGGAGUGGAGGUUUUUCUCCAGAUCAUGGGAUACUUUUAUGUCAGAAUAGAUUUUUUAGUAAAAGUCAUGCCGAAGAUACAAUGGUACAUGAAAUGAUGCAUUUUUAUGAUCAUUGUCGAUUUAAAGUAGAUUGGAAUAAUUGUUAUCAUCAUGCAUGUAGUGAGAUUAGAGCAGCGUCUUUAAGUGGUGAUUGUCGUUGGACACGUGAAAUUCGAAGAGGUUUUUUUAAUUUCACGAAACAACACCAGGCAUGUGUUAAAAGACGAGCUAUACUAUCAGUUCAAAAGAAUUCUCAAUGUUCUGCACCUGGUGUAGCAGAAAGAGUUGUAUCAGAAGUUUUUGAGAGUUGUUUCAACGAUACACGACCGUUUGAUGAAAUUUAUUAA